CGUGUAUGCAUGGGGUCCACAAAGGAGCCCAAUAUUGCGACUAAUAAACGGAAAUUGUUGGGUUGGAAUCAGGCUGAAAUUAUGAACCAGGGACAGCACCACUCUGGAGGCUUUGCGUGUCUCCGCGGUAUGAAUGUGAUUGACUGAGCGUACUCAUCCCCCCCGUAUCAUUCAUUCUUUCUUUCUCCCUCCCUGUUGAACGAACGGAAUUAGGGGACGACCGUCGGAGGUUAUCUAGGAAACUGCGGACAUCUCUCCGAUGCUAACUUAUCAACGAUUUCGUAUAUCCUUGCGAGUAGCCUACCACCAUUGCUUUGCCUUUACUCUGUCAAAUGUAGAGGACUGCCUAUGUUUCUGUCAAAUGUAGAGGACUGCCUAUGUUUCUGUCAAAUGUAGAGGACUACCUAUGUUUCGUAUCACGCCGUGCUGCACAAGCAGCGUGAAAAGAUCUGACUCAAGGAUGCGGAUUUAAACAGAAAUACGCUGCCAACUUGGAUUUGAAACAUUCACAUUGAAUUAAGUCACUAAUGCCAGUAACCAGAUACUCUUUAUGUUAGUUUUAUAUUUGAUCAGUGACGCGGUAAAAAUAUCGAGAGCCAACCACCAACGAAGAUAAACCGCGAGAACGGGUUGGAUGGUUUUCCCCCAGCCCCGGUCACCAUCAUGAGCACCAUCUCUCCCACCGACUUCGACAGCCAGGAGAUCCAGCAGCAGUACAAUGACAUCAACAACCGCUGGGACCUGGCCGCAGAGACCGACUGGGACAAUGAGAACAGCUCGGCACGCCUCUUUGAGCGCUCGCGCAUCAAAGCUCUGGCAGAUGAGCGCGAAGCGGUGCAGAAGAAAACCUUCACUAAGUGGGUGAACUCUCACCUGGGCCGUGUGACGUGCCGCAUCGGGGACCUGUACACUGACCUGAGAGAUGGACGCAUGCUCAUCCGCCUGCUGGAGGUGCUGUCAGGAGAACAGCUGCCGAAGCCCACCAAGGGGCGUAUGCGUAUCCACUGCCUGGAGAAUGUGGACAAGGCCCUGCAGUUCCUCAAGGAGCAGAAGGUCCACCUGGAGAACAUGGGCUCUCACGACAUCGUGGACGGGAACCACCGCCUCACCCUGGGUCUCAUCUGGACCAUCAUCCUCCGCUUCCAGAUCCAGGACAUCAGCGUGGAGACUGAGGAUAACAAGGAGAAGAAGAGUGCCAAAGAGGCCCUGCUUCUCUGGUGCCAGAUGAAGACCGCUGGGUACCCCAACGUCAACGUUCACAACUUCACCACCAGCUGGAGAGACGGCCUGGCGUUCAACGCCAUCGUGCACAAACACAGACCGGACGUGAUUGAGUUUGACAGCCUGAAGCGUUCCAACGCCCACUACAACCUCCAGAAUGCCUUCAACACGGCAGAGAAUAAGCUGGGCCUCACCAAACUCCUGGACCCAGAAGAUGUCAACGUUGACCAGCCGGAUGAGAAGUCCAUCAUCACCUACGUGGCCACCUACUACCACUACUUCUCCAAGAUGAAGGCCCUGGCUGUGGAGGGCAAGAGGGUUGGCAAGGUGCUGGACUAUGCCAUUGAGGCUGACCAGCUGGUUGGGAACUAUGAGAGCCUGGCGUCAGAGCUGCUGCAGUGGAUCGAGCAGACCAUUCUGACCCUGAACGACCGGCAGCUGGCCAACUCCCUGAGCGCCGUGCAGAACCAGCUGCAAGCCUUCAACACCUACCGCACCGUGGAGAAACCCCCUAAGUUCACAGAGAAAGGCAACCUGGAGGUGCUGCUGUUCACCAUUCAGAGCAAGAUGAGAGCCAACAACCAGAAGGUGUACAUGCCCAGAGAGGGCAAGCUCAUCUCUGACAUCAACAAGGCGUGGGAGCGCCUGGAGAAGGCGGAGCACGAGCGGGAGCUGGCGCUGAGGAACGAGCUGAUUCGCCAGGAGAAGCUGGAGAUGCUCGCCGCUCGUUUCGACCGCAAGGCCGCCAUGAGGGAGACCUGGCUGAGCGAGAACCAGCGGCUCGUCUCUCAGGACAACUUUGGCGUGGACCUGGGAGCGGUGGACGCCGCGACUCGUAAACACGAGGCCAUCGAGACGGACAUCGGGGCAUACGGGGAGCGCGUGGCGGCCGUGGAGGCGGUGGCCAGGGAGCUGGAGGCGGAGAAUUACCACGACGUGCGCCGAGUGCUGGCGAGGAGGGACAACGUGCUGCGGCUGUGGGAGUAUCUGAAGGAGCUGUUAGCCGCUCGCAGGGAGAGACUCAACGCACACCGUGACCUGCAGAGACUGCUGCAGGAGAUGAGAUCCAUCAUGGACUGGAUGGGAGAGAUGAAGGGUCGUCUGCAGUCCCAGGACAGUGGGAAGCACCUACAUGAUGUGGAGGACCUGCUGCAGACUCACAACCUGGUGGAGGCAGACAUCUCAGCCCAGGCAGAGGGGGUCCGUGGGGUCCAGGGAGCCGCUCAGCGCUUCACCUCGGACCAACAGGUCUACAAACCGUGUGAGCCGGCGCUGGUGGGAGAGAAGGUGUCUCUGCUGGGCCGGGCCUAUGAGGAGCUGGGCCAGCUGGCCGGGGAGCGGAGGGUGCGCCUCGAGGAUUCACGGCGCCUCUGGCAGUUCCUGUGGGAGCUGGGAGAGGAGGCGGCCUGGAUCAGAGAGCAGGAGCAGAUCCUGGCUGGAGGAGACUGUGGCCGCGACCUCACCUCCGCCCUGCACCUACUCAGCAAGCAUGAGGCCUUCAGGGACGAGAUGGCAGCCCGCUACGGCCCUCUGGGCAACAGCAUCGCCGCCGGACAGACCCUGGUGGAGGAGGGACACAUUGGAGCCCCAGAGUGCACUGAGAGGAUCAGGGACGUCCGCGCUCAGUGGGCACACCUGGAGGAGACGUCCCAGCUGAGGGAGCAGCAGCUGAAGGAGGCAGUGGCCCUGCACCAGUUCCAGACAGACGCCAACGACAUGGAGGCCUGGAUCCUGGAGACGCUGCGCCAGGUGUCCAGCCAGGAGGUGGGCCACGACGAGUUCUCCACCCAGACCUUGGCCCGCAAGCAGAGGGAGGUGGAAGAGGAGAUCCAGAGCCACCGCACCCUCAUCGACUCCCUGCACGAGCAGGCCCUCACCCUGCCCCCAGUCCAUGCAAACUCCCCUCAGGUAGAGGGCCGUCUGCCUGCCAUAGAGCAGCGUUACCACGAGCUGGAGGCCCUGUCUGCGUCGCGGCGUCAGGCCCUGGAGGGGGCGCUGGCCCUCUACCGCAUGUACAGCGAGGCGGGCGCCUGCCAGCUGUGGGUGGGGGAGAAGGAACAGUGGCUGGACGGCAUGCAGAUCCCCACCAAACUGGAAGACCUGGAGGUGGUGCAGCAGAGGUUCGAGACCCUGGAGCCUGAGAUGAACAACCUGGGGACUCGUAUCUCUGAUGUCAACCAGGUGGCCCAACAGCUGCUGGGAUCAGACAACCUCAGCAAAGAGCAGAUCCACCAGACACAAGACCAGCUCAACAACAGGUGGAAGGAGUUCCAGCGUCUGGCGGACCAGAGGAAACAGGCCCUGGAGUCGGCCCUCAACAUCCAGAACUACCACCUGGAGUGUAACGAGAUCCAGAGCUGGAUGAGAGAGAAGACCAAGGUGAUCGAGUCCACCGAGAGCCUGGGCAACGACCUGGCUGGUGUCAUGGCCCUGCAGCGCAAACUCACCGGCAUGGAGAGAGACCUGGAGGCCAUUCAGGGUAAGUUGGACGACCUGAAGAAGGAGGCAGAGACGCUGGCUGAGGAGCACCCGGACCAGGCAGAGGAGAUCCAUGCCCACCUGGGGGAGAUCCAGGAGGUGUGGCAGGAGCUCAACGCCACCAUGAAGCGGCGAGAGGAGUCUCUGGGCGAGGCCAGCAAGCUGCAGGGCUUCCUCCGGGACCUGGAUGACUUCCAGUCCUGGCUGUCCCGCACGCAGACCGCCGUGGCGUCCGAGGACAUCCCCACCUCGCUGCCAGAGGCUGAGCGCCUGCUCUCCCAGCACGAGGGCAUCAAGAACGAGGUGGACAACUACAAGGAGGACUAUGAGAAGAUGCGGGCGGUGGGUGACGAGGUAACUCAGGGCCAGACGGACGCCCAGUACAUGUUCCUGGCCCAGAGGCUGCAGGCGCUGGACACCGGCUGGCAUGAGCUGCGCCGGAUGUGGGAGAACCGCCACAGCCUUCUGGCCCAAGCCUUCGACUUCCAGAGCUUCCUGAGGGAAGUCAAGCAGGCUGAGGGCUUCCUCAACAGCCAGGAGUAUGUGCUGUCCCACACUGAGAUGCCCUCCAGCCUGCAGGGGGCAGAGGAGGCCAUCAAGAAGCACGAGGACUUCCUGACCACCAUGGAGGCCAGUGAGGAGAAGAUCACGGGCGUGGUGGAGGCCGGACGCCGCCUGGUCAACGACCUUAACGCCAACUCUGACAAGAUCCAGGAGAAGGCCGACUCCAUCCAGGAGAGACAUCAGAAGAAUAGGGAAGCUGCAAAUGAACUCCUGUCUAAACUGAAGGACAACCGUGAACUUCAGCACUUCCUGCAGGACGGACAAGAGCUGACUCUGUGGAUCAAUGAGAAGAUGCUGACAGCUCAGGACAUGUCGUACGACGAGGCCAGGAACCUCCACAGCAAGUGGCAGAAACACCAGGCCUUCAUGGCUGAGCUGGCCUCCAACAAAGACUGGCUGGAUAAGAUCGAUAAGGAGGGCCAGGCCCUGGUGACAGAGAAGCCGGAGCUACAGCCUGUAGUCCAGCAAACUCUGGAGGGCCUGCAGAGCCAAUGGGAAGAGCUAGAGAACACUACACGCACCAAGGCUCAGUGCCUCUUCGAUGCCAACAGGGCAGAGCUCUUCACCCAGAGCUGCUCUGCUCUCGACGUGUGGCUGAAGAACCUGUCAGGGCAGCUUCAGAGCGACGACUUCGGCAAGGACCUGACCUCCGUCAACAUCCUGCUCAAGAAGCACCAGAUGCUGGAGCACCAGAUGGAGGUGCGUGAGAAGGAGGUGCAGUCGCUGCAGUCCCAGGCGCUGGCGCUGUCCCAGGAAGAUGCUGGUGGGGCCGUGGUGGAGGUGGACGGCCAGCAGAGACGUGUCACUGACAGCUUCUCCCAGCUCCAGGACCCCCUCAACCAGAGGCGGCAGCAACUGCUGGCUUCCAAGGAGGCCCACCAGUUCAACAGAGACCUGGAGGAUGAGAUUCUGUGGGUGAAGGAGAGGAUGCCCCUGGCCACAUCCACCGACCAUGGGAAGGACCUGUCCAGUGUGCAGCUGCUCAUCAAGAAGAACCAGACUUUGCAGAAGGAGAUCCAGGGCCACCAGCCCCGUAUUGAUGACAUCCAGACCCACCGCAGGGGGAUGUCCCCAGGGCAGGAGGAGGUGGACGGGGAGAGGCGGUCUGCUCUGGAGGGCCGUCUGGCGGAGCUCCGGGACUCCUGGGCCCAGCUCAUUGCUGAGACGGACGAGCGCCACGCCCGGCUGGUGGAGGCUAACCGCGCCCAGCAGUUCUACACCGAUGCUGCCGAGGCCGAGGCCUGGAUGGGAGAGCAGGAGCUACACAUGAUGUCAGAGGAGAAGGCCAAGGAUGAGCAGAGCGCUCUGGUGAUGGUGAAGAAGCACCAGACGUUAGAACAGACCUUGGAGGACUACGCCCAGCCCAUCCACCAGCUGGCCAACAGCAGCCGCACCAUGAUGACCAGCGAACACCCAGAGAGCGAGCGUAUCAACCUACGGCAAGCCCAGGUGGACAAGCUGUACGCAGGGCUUAAGGACCUGGCUGAGGAGCGUCGUGGGCGUCUGCAGGAGAGACUGAGGCUGACCCAGCUGAAGAGAGAGGUGGACGACCUGGAGCAGUGGAUCGCUGAGAGGGAGGUGGUGGCCGGAUCCCAUGAGCUGGGACAGGACUACGAACAUGUCACCAUGCUGCGGGACAAGUUCCGCGAGUUUGCUCGGGACACCAGCACCAUCGGCCAGGAGCGCGUGGACGGCGUUAACGGGCUGGCCGAUGACCUCAUCGAGUCGGGUCACCCUGAGAAUGCCAGCGUGGCAGAGUGGAAGGACGGGCUGAACGAGGCGUGGGCCGACCUGCUGGAGCUGAUCGACACGCGCACCCAGAUGCUGUCCGCCUCCUACGAGCUGCACCGCUUCCACCAGGACGCCCGCGAGGCGCUGGGGAGGGUCCGGGAGAAGAAGGAGGCGCUGCCCUCUGACCUGGGCCGUGACCUCAACACCGUCCAGCACCUCCACCGACAGCACACCGCCUACGAGCACGACAUCCAGGCCCUCAGCGGACAGGUGAACCAGGUGCAGGACGACGCGGCGCGGCUGCAGAAGGCCUACGCCGGGGAGAAGGCCGAGGAGAUCCACCGGAGCGAACGCUCUGUCACUGAGGCCUGGGAGGGUCUGCUGGGGGCCGGCCAGGCUCGCCGUCACCUCCUGCUGGACACCGUGGAGAAGUUCCGCUUCGUCAACAUGGUGCGUGACCUCAUGUUGUGGAUGGAUGGGGUCAACCUGCAGAUCGACGCCCACGACAGCCCCAGGGACGUGUCCUCUGCAGGGUUGGUCAUAGCCAACCAUCAGGACAUCAAGUCUGAGAUCGAGACCCGGGCAGACAGCUUCACCACCUGCAAUGAGAUGGGACACUCUCUCAUCAACAACAACCACUAUGCAGCUGAUGAGAUCCUGGAGAAACUGGACCAGCUCCAGGGUAAGAGGGAUGAGAUCAGCAACAAGUGGCAGGACAAGAUGGACCACCUCCUGAUAGUUCUGGAGGUGCUGCAGUUUGGCCGGGAUGCGUGCGUGGCAGAGACGUGGCUGGCAGGCCAGGAGCCCCUGGUGCGGGGGGCCGAGCUGGGCUCUAACGUGGACGAGGUGGAGAGCCUGAUAAAACGCCACGAGGCCUUCGAGAAGCUGGCCGCCGGCUGGGAGGAACGCUUCACCCUGCUGGAGAAACUCACCACGCUGGAGGAGCAGGAGAUCCAGAGGAGGAGGGAGGAGGAGGAAAGGGCGAGACGAACCCCCACACCACCCCCGACAGAAGAGGUGGCCCCGUCUGAGGCCGAAACACAUGAUGCCAGGACCAGCCUGGACCAGACCACACUCAACCAGUCAGUAUCAGUCAAUGGAGUCCACAGCUACCAGGACACCUCCCAGUCGUUAUCAGUAUCAUCAGUGUCAGUGGAAAAGAAAGAGAAGUGUGAACCUGUCUCUAAACCUGUGUCUAAGCCAAAGCAUCCGCUGCGCGGUUCUGAGUCCGACUCUGUGAAUGGUCCGGGGAGGGACAGCGGGCUGGCGUCUUCACGCCUGGACCCAUCUGCCACGCUACCCAGCAAGGGAGAUAACGCUGGCACAGACGCCAUGGAAGGCCUGCUCUACCGCAAGCAGGAGAUGGAGACCCACGCCAAGAGGGCAGCUAGCAGCUUCUCUCUCUCUUCCCAUAGGUCCUGGCAGAAUGUCUACUGCGUUCUGCGUAAGGGCAGCCUUGGCUUCUACAAGGACCAGAAGAGCGCCUCCGGCGGGAUCCCCUACCACGGAGAAGUCCCCAUCAGCCUGGGAGAGGCUGUGUGUGAGGUGGCACACGACUACAAGAAGAGGAAACACGUCUUCAAGCUACGGCUAGGAGACGGUAAGGAGUUCCUGUUCCAAGCUAAAGAUGAGCCGGAGAUGGCCUCGUGGAUCCACUCCAUUCAUAGCUGCAUCCCAGCAGGGGGGUCAGGAGACCGCUCCCCCGGAGGCCCCAGGGCCCUGAGCCGAGCCAUGACUAUGCCCCCCAUCUCCCCUAGCUCAGCAGAGGCUGCAGGGGUCACCAUGCGCAACAAGGAGGGCAAGGAGAAGGACCGCGAAAAGAGGUUCAGCUUCUUUGGCAAGAAGAAAUAAAACGUCUGGAGAAAAACAACAUCAAGGAAAAUGAUAUUUGUCGAAAUUCCACCAAACUGAAACGGGCAGAAAGGAAAACGGUCUUGUGGCAUAAACGCAUCGCUCUCAGCCUUGGUCCUAAGGAGUUUGUCAACAACUAUGUGGCGCACACACAGAGCUUGCUCUUCCUCCCUCUCUUCUCCCUCCCUCCCUCUCCAUUUGUCUUCUCUUUCCCUCUCAUAUCGCUCUUUCCAUUUCUCACAUUAGAUUCAUCCUACCAAUGUAAGCCCUUGUCUUUUGCUUCAAUGGCAUUUUCAGACAAGAAGCUGUGUUUGUUGAUCAGUCACUAAUAAGAACUCUUUGACCUCAUCGCUGGGGGGGAACCAAGGUGUUUGUGGGGAGAUGAGAGGCAGGGGUGGUUAGCAUUGGCAGAGCCAAGAGGCUAUGAGGCCUGUAAGAGUCCAUUCUCUUCCAUUCACCCACAUUGGAUUCUGUUUAAAAUGAGUUCUUCCUCGACCAGUUUUUAGAUGGCUAAUCUGCUCUAAUGCUGUUUUACCACUAAAAGA